AUGUUUCGUCAUAGUUUGCGAUCAGUUGCACGAUGCGGUGCCUCAUCGUUGCGGCGACCAACGGCUAUUCGAAGGUAUGCCUCGGCGCCUAAUUCUGCCUUCGACUGGCAGGAUCCACUUGCGUCCAAGACCCUUCUGACCGAGGAAGAGCUGGCUAUUGCAGAGACUGCCGAAAGAUACUGCCAGGAACGAAUGAUGCCUAGAGUUUUGCAAGCUUACCGGGAUGAGAACUACGACCCUAAAAUCCUGCAGGAGAUGGGGGAGCUUGGCUUGCUUGGCGCCAAUAUCGAUGGCUACGGCUGCGCUGGCGUGUCGUCCGUCGCGGGCGGCCUGAUCACGCGGGCCGUUGAACGCGUCGACAGCGGCUACCGAUCUGGCAUGUCUGUGCAAUCGUCCCUGGUCAUGGGUGGUAUCUACGAGUUCGGCACCAAGGAGCAAAAAGAGAGGUUUUUGCCAGAGAUGGCCAAGGGGAAGCUUCUGGGCGCCUUUGGGCUGACGGAGCCCAACCACGGCAGCGACCCCGGCAGCAUGGAAAGCGUCGCCAAACCUCACCCUACCAAAAAGGGCUACUAUUCUCUAAGCGGAGCCAAGACAUGGAUCACCAACAGUCCCAUUGCCGACGUGUUGCUGGUGUGGGCCAGGCUGCAGGAGACUGGCAAGAUUCGGGGCUUCCUGGUUGAGAGAAAGGACUGCCCGCCUGGGACACUGUCCACGCCAGCCAUCAAGGACAAGAACGGUCUCCGGGCUUCCAUCACCGGCAUGAUUCAGCUGGACGAGUGCCCCGUGCCCGAAGCCAACAUGUUUCCGAGCGUCGAGGGUCUGAAGGGUCCCUUCAGCUGCCUCAACAGCGCUAGGUACGGCAUCUCCAUGGGUGUCAUGGGCGCCUUGGAGGACUGCAUCGCCCGAGCCCGAUCCUACGCCCUGGAGCGCAAGCAGUUCAAGGGCAACCCGCUGGCCAGGUACCAACUCGUCCAGAAGAAGCUGGCCGAUGCCGCCACGGACUGCGCCUACGGCCUCCUGGCCUCCAUCCAAGUCGGUCGUCUCAAGGACGAGGGCAAGGCCACGCCCGAGAUGAUCAGCAUGGUCAAGAGACAGAACUGCGACGCUGCCCUGCGCAACUCCAGAGUGCUGCAGGAGAUAUUUGGAGGAAACGCCGUCAGCGACGAGUACCACAUUGGCCGUCACGUGGCCAACCUCUACGUGACACAGACUUACGAGGGACAAAGCGAUAUCCACAGCUUGAUCUUGGGGCGAGCUAUUACCGGUGUUCAAGCCUUUUGUUAG